AUGGUGAUGGCUUGCAGAAACAAAAUGAUGAUGCCCUAUCCAGAUCACAAUAUCAAGUUCCCCAAGUCUCCAUUGUAUGUUGAUCUCGGUCGAGCAUCAGUAACAUGCAGCUUCAGUUUGUCAUCGGAUACAGAAAGAUCAAUUAGAACUAUACAAGGGUUACUGAACAAAGUUGAAUUAUCAAUAUCUGCUUAUGACACAACAUGGGCGGCCAUGCUGCCGUCCGGGGGUCUUAAGAAACAAGAAGUUGGAUCAUGGAGCUUAGACUCAAAGGAUUGUCAACUGGUUGAAGAUUCCAUUUCUUCCAGGCUAGCCUCUCUGCUUUCUCUGCGAAGGUGGCGAGGAGACAUAAUUGAAAAGUUGGGAUUGGAACCAUACUUCAGGCGUGAAAUAGAAAGAAUAUUGGAUGAAACAUACAAGUCAUGGCAGAAGAAGAAUGAAGAAAUUUUCUCCGAUGUCAGUUGUUGUGCCAUGGCAUUUCGAUUUCUACGACUAAGAGGAUACGAUGUUUCUGCAGUAAGCCCGAUGUUCACAAAUGUGACUACUAUUCUGGAGUUGUACAAAGCUUCCCAGCUGAUUAUAUAUCCAAAUGAAGAGCCUCUUGAGAGAAUCCAGGCUUGGACAACAACUUAUUUGAAGGAUCAGUUGCUAAAUCAGUCCAUAAUCGACAAGAAGUUACAUAAAGAGGUCGAGUUUACUCUCAAGAAUUAUCAUGGCACGUUAGCGCGGGUAUUGAACAGGAGAUGUAUUGAGCUAUAUGACAUUGACAAGCAUCACAUUCUUAAAACAUCUUACAGAGACCUUCUGACCUUGGCAAUACAAGAUUUUAACAGUUGUCAGGCCCUACAUCAAGCUGAACUCCUAAUACUUGAAAGAUGGUACGAAAAGAACGAAUUGCAGAGUUCAAGAAUCCCAAAACGUGUUCUACAAUCGAGUUAUUUCAUGAUUACUGCUGAUGCCUUUGAGCCUGAAUUAUCUGAUGCUCGAAUCUCAUAUGCUCAGACCUGUGUCCUAGUCACAGUGGUAGAUGAUUUAUUUGAUAAUUGUGCUCCAAGAGAGGAAUUAGUCAACCUUAUCCAAUUGGUUAAAAAAUGGGACAAGAAUUCUUUCACUCAAUGUUGCUCCAAGCAAGUCAAGCUUUUCCUUUUGGCACUUUACAACACAGUAGAUGAGCUUGCUGAAAAAGCUUUUGUUCACCAAGGGCGAUGCAUAAAGCAAGACUUGAUUAGCAUGUGGCAGGAAUUGCUGGAGGGUAUGUUGACAGAGCUAGACUGGUGGAGAGAAAACUCAGCACCGACCAUUGAUGAGUAUUUAUCUGUUGGACGCACAACUAUUGGGGCCAAAAUCUGCGUUCUUACGGGAGCUUAUUUUCUUGGACCAAAAUUAUCAGAGGAUAUUUUAAACAGUGAAGAAAUGAAAAGCUUAUGGACGCAUGCCUCCACAGUUGGACGACUCCUUAAUGAUAUCCAAACACAACAGGUCUUUGAUAACAAUAUGCUUAAUUGCCCAUCAAGGAUUCACUGUGCAAAGAAUACUGGUAGAUAG